AUGGAGUCAUCAACGGAUUUCAGGGCCCAGCCAAUUGUUCAGCAAGAGGGGCGGCCAGUCGUCGUCCGAGCUUGCGACAUGUGCCGGAAGAAAAAGAUCCGCUGCGAGCCUACUUCGCAAGGAUGCGGUCCAUGCACCAAAUAUGGCACAAGAUGUCACUUUACGCCGAUCGCCACGAAGAGGAAGCCUCGCAGACCAGCUGGCUUCAGAUACAUUGCACAGCUCGAGAGGAGACUUUUAGGGGUAGAGACUCUACUUGGAGACAGGUCAUUGGGAAACCCAGCUAUACCGGACAUCAAUUGGCGUAACGAGCAGACGACACCCGCAGCAUUACGUCCAUUUCGGGGAGAUGACCACAAUAAGACCGAUCUGUCUACACCUGGAGGUCAUCUAACUGACCGUAUGUGGCCUCAUCCCGCUCCAGAGUUGCGCCCACUUUCUCUGCCAGCGCGCCAGCAGCUUCCGACAAAGGCAGUCGCUCUAGAGUUGGUUGAGGACAUGUUCAGCAACUAUAAUAGGUUCCUUCCACUGUUCGAUGAAGAGGACUUCUUGGGAGAGUUUCACCUCAAGUAUGAGACUUCCAAUCCUCGAGACGCUGGUUGGUGGGCAUGCCUCAAUGUUGUGCUGUCGAUAGCUCAUCGUCUCCGCUCCAUACGCGCAGCAGACCCGACGCAGGACCAUAAUCUAGCGUAUGGUUACGUACAAAACGCCCUGAGCGUCGUCUCCGAGCUCAACGUCUCUGACCGGAGCCUCUCUGCUGUCCAGGCUCUGGCGGGCAUGGCUUGCAUUCUUCAAGGCACACCGGAUCCAGAGCCAGCCGCGAUGCUCGUUGCCGCCGCGCUACGCUUGGCGCAAGCUAUGAAUCUGCACAGAGAAUGUUCCCGCCCAGGACUCACGGAAUCGGAAGCCGAGAAGCGGAGGCGGGUGUUUUGGAAGGUAUAUAUUCUGGACAAGGAUAUCAGUCUGCGGACGGGCCGACCGUUUGGUCAAGACGAUGAUGAAAUGGAUGUACGUCUACCAUCAAACGCAAGUCUUGAGGAAGACAAUCUGGACCUCUUCAACCGCCGCAUAGGGCUCGCGCUUGUUCAGGGGCAGAUCUAUAAACAGUUGUACUCGGUACGGGCUGGACGACAAACGGCGACACAGAGAGUGAUUGCGGCACAAGAGUUGAGUUCUCUAUUAUCGUACUGGAAGUCCAGCGCGCAGCUGGAAAUGCCUGAGGACACCAUGAUAUUGUCAGGGCACCCACUAUCAGGCCAGAUGAUCCACAAGGUGGUUCUACGACUCACAUAUAUCCAUUGCCUUACAAUGAUUGAUCGCCAUCUGCCCCAGGCGGCGCAAACGUCCUCCGGCCAAGAGCUCAGCCGGUCUGAAUCGUCGAUAUCGCCUCCAGGCAGUCUAUGCGUCACUGAGGCACGCAAAGCGAUCCGCCUCGUUGAAGCCAUCCCUCAAGGGGACUGCGCCUGUGUCUGGAUGCUUCUCCCCGCUUUCUACGCUGCAGCCAGCAGCAUGCUCUAUCAUCUGACACGAAAUCCCAUGUCGCCAAACGCGGCUUCAGAUCUUGACCUCGUCGAGCCAUUUCUACGCCUCUUGGAGACACUUGCCAGGGAUCCAAGCACGCUCUCACAGUCCGAGCAACUGGUGCGAAUGCGUCGCACUUGCAACAGCUUAAACCUCGAAGCAAAAGAGGCUGUUGAACUUUUCAGUUCAAGCUCUCCAGUGUCCUUCAUCUGA